CCGCUCGGUGUCAGGCGCGGCGGCGGCGGCGGCGCAGGGGCGCGCUUCGUCCCUCUUCCUGUUCCCGCACGCCCCGGAGCGGGCACUCUUGGCCGUGCCGUCCCCCGAACCUUCACCCCAGGGACUGGGCGCCUGCCCUGGCGCAGCUCGCGGAGCGGGGGCCGAUCUCCUGCUCGCCCCUCGCGCCUCCAUGUCGGAUAACCAGAGCUGGAACUCGUCGGGCUCGGAGGAGGAUCCGGAGACCGAGUCCGGGCCGCCUGUGGAGCGCUGCGGGGUCCUCAGCAAGUGGACAAACUACAUUCAUGGGUGGCAGGAUCGUUGGGUAGUUUUGAAAAAUAAUACUUUGAGUUACUACAAAUCUGAAGAUGAGACAGAAUAUGGCUGCAGGGGAUCCAUCUGUCUUAGCAAGGCUGUGAUCACGCCUCAUGAUUUUGAUGAAUGUCGGUUUGAUAUCAGUGUGAAUGAUAGUGUUUGGUAUCUUCGUGCUCAGGAUCCAGAUCACAGACAGCAGUGGAUAGAUGCCAUUGAACAGCACAAGACUGAAUCAGGAUAUGGAUCUGAGUCCAGCUUGCGUAGACAUGGAUCAAUGGUGUCACUGGUGUCUGGAGCAAGUGGCUAUUCUGCUACUUCCACGUCUUCAUUCAAGAAAGGCCACAGUUUACGUGAGAAAUUGGCUGAAAUGGAAACCUUUAGAGAUAUCCUGUGUAGGCAGGUUGACACUCUCCAGAAGUUCUUUGAUGUCUGUGCUGAUGCUGUCUCCAAGGAUGAACUUCAAAGAGAUAAAGUGGUAGAAGAUGAUGAAGAUGACUUCCCUACAACUCGUUCUGAUGGAGACUUUUUGCACAAUACCAAUGGUAAUAAGGAGAAAUUAUUUCCAUAUAUAACACCAAAAGGAAUUAAUGGUAUAGACUUUAAAGGGGAAGCAAUAACUUUUAAAGCUACUACUGCUGGAAUCCUUGCUACACUUUCUCAUUGUAUUGAAUUAAUGGUAAAACGGGAAGAGAGCUGGCAGAAAAGACACGAUAAGGACUCAGAGAAGAGGAGACGGUUAGAGGACGCAUACAAGAGUGCAAUGGCAGAACUUAAGAAGAAACCUCGUUUUGGCGGGCCAGAUUACGAAGAAGGUCCAAACAGUCUGAUUAAUGAAGAAGAGUUCUUUGAUGCUGUUGAAGCUGCUCUUGACAGACAAGAUAAAAUAGAAGAACAGUCACAGAAUGAAAAGGCCAGGUUACACUGGCCUACACCUUUGCCAUCUGGAGAUGCCUUUUCUUCUGUUGGGACUCAUAGAUUUGUACAAAAGCCCUAUAGUCGCUCUUCCUCCAUGUCUUCCAUUGAUCUAGUCAGUGCCUCUGACGAUGUUCACAGAUUCAGCUCCCAGGUUGAAGAAAUGGUGCAGAACCACAUGACUUAUUCAUUACAGGAUGUAGGUGGCGACGCAAACUGGCAACUGGUUGUAGAAGAAGGAGAAAUGAAGGUAUACAGAAGAGAAGUAGAAGAAAAUGGAAUUGUUCUGGAUCCUUUGAAAGCUACUCAUGCUGUUAAAGGUGUUACAGGACACGAGGUCUGCAAUUACUUUUGGAAUGUGGAUGUUCGCAAUGACUGGGAAACCACUAUAGAAAACUUUCAUGUGGUGGAAACAUUAGCUGAUAAUGCAAUCAUCAUUUAUCAAACACAUAAGAGAGUGUGGCCCGCUUCUCAGAGAGAUGUCCUAUAUCUUUCUGCUAUUCGAAAGAUCCCAGCCAAGACUGAAAAUGACCCUGAAACUUGGAUAGUUUGUAACUUUUCUGUGGAUCAUGACAGCGCUCCUCUGAAUAAUCGAUGUGUCCGUGCCAAAAUCAAUGUUGCUAUGAUUUGUCAAACUUUAGUGAGCCCACCAGAGGGAAACCAGGAGAUAAGCAGAGACAACAUUCUGUGCAAGAUUACGUAUGUAGCUAAUGUGAACCCGGGAGGAUGGGCACCAGCUUCGGUGUUAAGAGCAGUGGCAAAGCGAGAAUAUCCUAAAUUUCUAAAGCGUUUUACUUCUUACGUCCAAGAAAAAACUGCAGGAAAACCAAUUUUGUUUUAGUAUUAACAGUGACUGAAGCAAGGCUGUGUGACAUUCCAUGUUGGAGAAAGAAAGAAAGAAAAACAAAAAACAAAAAAACCCCAAGCACUCUAAGCUGGAACAUAGGAUCUACAGCCUUGCCUGUGGCCCAAGAAGAAACACCACACUAGUAAAGCUGGG